CUUUGAACAGAAGAUAACCUGCUGUUGGCAAAUGAUUGCUAAGCUAGUUUUGUCGUUAGCUUGCUAGCUGAAACAAGUCAGAGAAAGACGGUUCCUGACUAACGGGAUUGGGCAUAUUUAAUCAGAAAGUAGGAUACAGACGGGCAAACGGCAAGCCAUUUCCUGUUUUCUUCAGGAGAUAUCUCGACUUGAUCGACAGACAUUGUGAAAGACCUUCGUCCCACGCAGGGUCUCAGUAUUUUACGAAUGUUUGAAUGGAUAUUACCAGGUGCACGGAGAAAUGGGAGAGGCCUCCAACAUCCUCCAUAAUGCUGUCUAGCAAGAAAUCAGAUGCGGGUUCCUCCUCCUCUUCUUCGUCUUCUGCAGCGGGAGGUGAUAGGGUCCCGGGUUCUGACAUCCAGACGGGAUCUGCAGCCUCAGUGGCUGGAGCUAUGGAUUCAAAGAAAAAGGACAGGUCUUCCCCUAGUGGGGAACAUGGAGGAGCCUCUUUGUCACACCAGUCAGGCCCCGGAGGGGCAGAUCAGGACUCUGCUGAAGUCCGUAGGACGAGUCGACGCAAGCGAGCAAAACAGGUGGAGUACCGCGAGAUGGACGAAAGCCUGGCUAAUCUUUCGGAGGAUGAAUACUACUCAGAGGAGGAGAGGAAUGCCAAAGCAGAGAAAGAAAGGAAGCAGGUCAUCCCUCCUCCACCCCCACCUGUGGAGGAAGAGAAUGACAGUGAACCAGAUGAACCGUCUGGUUUGGAAGGUGCUGCUUUCCAGAGCCGUCUUCCUCAUGACCGUAUGACAUCCCAGGAAGCAGCCUGCUUCCCUGACAUCAUCAGUGGUCCCCAACAGACUCAGAAGGUCUUUCUGUACAUUCGCAACCGCACGCUCCAACUGUGGCUAGACAACCCUAAAAUACAGCUGACCUUUGAGGCCACAGCGCAGCAGCUUGAAGCUCCAUAUAACAGUGAUGCUGUGUUGGUCCACAGGAUACACAGUUACUUGGAAAGGCAUGGUCUCAUUAACUUUGGUAUUUACAAGAGGGUCAAGCCUUUACCCACAAAGAAGACUGGGAAGGUUAUAGUCAUUGGUGGAGGUGUGUCUGGCCUGGCCGCAGCCCGGCAGCUGCAGAGCUUUGGGAUGGAUGUUACUGUGCUGGAAGCCAGGGACCGUGUUGGAGGCAGAGUGGCCACAUUCAGGAAGGGCAACUAUGUUGCAGAUCUUGGAGCCAUGGUAGUGACAGGGCUGGGAGGAAAUCCUAUGGCAGUUGUCAGUAAGCAGGUUAACAUGGAGCUAGCCAAGAUCAAACAGAAGUGUCCACUAUAUGAAGCCAAUGGACAGGCUGGUGAACGGUGCACAAGUGUACCAAAAGAAAAAGAUGAGAUGGUGGAGCAAGAGUUCAACCGACUGCUGGAGGCCACCUCUUACCUCAGCCACCAGCUGGACUUUAACUUCCUCAAUAACAAACCAGUGUCUCUGGGUCAGGCUUUGGAGGUGGUCAUACAGCUGCAGGAGAAGCAUGUAAAAGAUGAGCAGAUAGAACACUGGAAGAAGAUUGUGAAGACUCAGGAAGAGCUCAGGGAUCUUCUUAAUAAGAUGGUAUCCACUAAGGAACGUGUUAAGGAGCUCCAUCAGCAGUAUAAAGAAGCAAGUGAAGUAAAACCCCCCAGAGAUAUCACAGCUGAAUUCCUGGUGAAGAGCAAGCACAGAGACCUCACCGCACUCUGCAAAGAGUAUGAUGAGUUGGUGGAGAUGCAGGUCAAACUUGAAGAGAAACUCCAAGAGCUGGAAGCAAAUCCACCCAGUGAUGUUUACCUGUCAUCCAGGGAUCGGCAGAUCCUAGACUGGCACUUUGCCAACUUGGAGUUUGCCAACGCUACACCCCUCUCCACCCUUUCUCUCAAGCACUGGGAUCAGGAUGAUGAUUUUGAGUUCACUGGCAGCCACUUAACAGUAAGAAAUGGUUACUCGUGUGUUCCUGUGGCCUUGGCUGAGGGCCUGGACAUCAAACUAAACACAGCGGUGCGGCAGGUCCGAUAUACAGCAUCUGGCUGUGAGGUUAUAGCUGUGAACACUCGCUCCACGACUCAGACAUUCAUCUACAAGUGUGACGCUGUGCUGUGCACGCUACCCCUCGGGGUGCUGAAGCAGCAGCCUCCUGCAGUCCAAUUUGUUCCCCCACUGCCAGAGUGGAAGACAUCAGCUAUACAGAGGAUGGGUUUCGGCAACCUCAACAAGGUGGUGCUGUGUUUUGACCGCGUGUUCUGGGAUCCGAGCGUUAACCUGUUCGGUCACGUCGGCUCCACCACUGCAAGUCGGGGCGAACUAUUCCUUUUCUGGAACCUCUACAAAGCCCCGAUCCUGCUCGCUCUGAUGGCUGGCGAGGCUGCUGGCAUUAUGGAGAACAUCAGUGAUGACGUUAUAGUCGGACGUUGCCUGGCCAUCCUUAAAGGAAUAUUUGGAAGUAGCGCUGUGCCACAGCCGAAGGAAACUGUGGUCACCCGCUGGCGUGCCGACCCCUGGGCGAGAGGAUCCUACUCAUAUGUAGCAGCAGGUUCUUCAGGCAAUGACUAUGACCUGAUGGCGCAGCCCAUCACGCCUGGCCCAGCGAUACCAGGAGCCUCCCAGCCUGUCCCUCGUCUCUUCUUCGCUGGUGAGCACACCAUCAGAAACUAUCCCGCUACAGUUCACGGGGCACUCCUCAGUGGUCUUCGAGAGGCCGGCCGCAUCGCAGAUCAGUUCCUCGGUGCCAUGUACACACUUCCCAGACAAGCCACUCCCACUGGCACCAGCAACCCUCAGCAAACUCCGCCCACCGCCACCGUUUGAAAAGCUUCUCUUGAGUUCCUCCCUACUCAGGACUGGAUCUACUAAGACAAUUUGUGAUUAAAAUGUAAAAACAAAACAAGGUUUAACCCAUAAACUGGUGACAUUUCUGGAUUGGUCUUUUUACACACAAACUCUGGACAGCAUCUAGUCACACACAGCAGGGACGGAUGCAUUCUCACUACAGGAAAUGUUGGUUUUGAUGAGGGGUGGUGUCUGGGUAUAGCAUCCAGCAGGCAGGACAGGUGACACCCAUCUGCUGUGAAUUCUCCCUUCACACUCUAGAUAAAUCUCUUGGUCAAAGCUCUGUAAGGUCUAAAGUCCCUUUUAGACAUGGAUAGAUAAAUAACGAUGGCAUUCAAACUUAGGGCAAACCUUAAUGUUCCUCACAGCUUCAUUCAAAACCUACCAGAGUGAUGGUGAUUUGUGUCUGUGCCUGUCCACACAGACAGAAAUUUCUCUUCUGUAUUUGGAAAUUGUGAAAUUCAUUCAAUUGCAUUAGAAACGGUGUUAGGUACAGGGUCAUUAUGUACAUGCUAUUUCUUUGUGGGAUAGUCUCCACUGAGCUGAUAAAAUCACAAAGAUGCAGGAGACACUUCCCCAGUAAGGAUCUAUCAUAAUAAUCUUUCAGACCUAGUGAGAUAGACGACUAUGACAGAGUUUUACAGAAAAGUGACCAGACAUGUGCGGAUGCCGUCAGAUUGAUAGAAAGUAGUGGAUAAAAUAAAAGGGGGCUCAUGAAAUUUUUUUUUUAAAUCCCCCAAUAAGUUUUGCUAUUAGAAUAAAAUAAUGAGACUUCUAGAGUUUUCUGGACAUGCGUUUAAUUAAGAUUCUUUUGCCUUAGACCAUUUCUUCAGACAUAGUUUGGCUCUUAAGAGGUCCCAGAAAAAUGUGAAAAUAUGCAGAUAGUACAACUACAAACUACUACCAGAAUAGGAUAUGACCUACUACAUAGACUGGGUUGCUAGGGAACCGUGAGGGGAAAAAUCUUUUUUGUUGUUGUUGUUUUAGAUUUGCCGGCAUGGAAUUACUUUCGGUACUUGGAGUGAUUCGAUGUGGAGCUAUCAGAGCCGAAUGUCUUAUUUAUGUGUUCUUUUGUUCCUCCAGAAGACUUUUGUUUUUGUCUUGUCUUAAAGCUUAACAUGUUACUAUAUACUGUAACUGUGUGCCUGUUAAAUUUCAUUUGUUUAGGCUGGAAAGUGUAUUGAAAAAGACUUGUAUUACAAGUUAAAGAGAGCUAUUCAAAGAAUUAACUUUUUUGUUUAUUGUGAUCAACACUUUUUUUGUAUUGUCAGUUUCUUUUAUUAAAAGAAGAAAAGACAUA